CCUUGCUCUAUCAUGGCUGGGAUUGCUACAAAGUUCCCCGGUCCUUCUCGCUGGCUAGACUUGAGGUGUAGCUUGACUUUAAUUAAUCUUCGGUCAAAGGCGAACAAAUAUUAAUAAUUCAGCCAGUCCAGCAAAUAAAUUUCUUUUCUUUCACACUAGUUAUUUCCGGACUUGAUCAUCCUUAUUGCAGUUUGGCAUCAUGGGCGGUGAAAAAUAUCCCCUUUUUAUUCAACUUGACUUUGUUUUCAAGAGAUAAAUCUAUUUCCCGUGUUGGACAUUGCAGAUUUUUAGGGAUAUUCUGAAAAUUAAAAAAAAUUCAAGAACACUGACGCAAGGGAUUCUCUACCUAGAUAAUGAAUUGUUUUCAGAUAUAUUAUGAUGAUUACAUGUUGUUAUUGUGAAGGCGGUGAGGACAUUAGCAGGAUGAAUCAGGCACAUGCAAUGUCCAUGUUCUCUGUUUUGAUACUCUACUAUUUGAUCCAAGUCUACUUGUGUUGAUCCACUAAAAUUUUUAAUAUUCUAUAAUUGGGAAGGAUAGUGAAUGCUUGAUUAGUUGACUUUUGCAGAAAAUCAAACGGGGUUUGAGUUUGACUCUUAGUAUCCAGCAUAAAUCAACACAACUUCACCUGCUUUGGAGCUAUAUAUAAAUUCCUGCUUCUCAGUCUAUUUUCUUCACAUACCAAAGAGAAAAUGGCUUUGGAAAUUAAUAAUGUUCUUUCAUGGGUUUUGUUUUGCCUAGCUGCAAUGAUAUCCACCAUUUUCUUGAAACACAGGAAAAGCUGUUAUAGAAUGAAGUGGAAACUCCCACCAGGGAAGAUGGGACUUCGUUUGGUAGGUGAAACAUUGGAGUUCUACAAAGCUCAACGUAAUAAUCGUUUGUUUGAGGAGUUCGUUGAACCUCGGAUUGCAAAGUACGGAAAAGUCUUCAAAACAAGCCUUAUGGGAUCACCAACUGUUGUUGUUAAUGGAGCUGAAGCCAAUCGGUUCAUCUUUUCAAAUGAGUUCAAGUUGGUGAUAAGCUCAUGGCCUUCAUCAUCAGUUCAGCUCAUGGGCAGAAAUUCUAUCAUGGAAAAACAAGGGGAUCAACAUCGUUUCCUUCGAGGACUGGUAACCUCUUGUCUCAGUGGUGCAUCGCUAGAGGCUUUAGUGCCAAAAAUAUGCAAUGCAGUUCGACUUCACCUUGACAAAAAUUGGCUUGGAAAAGAUGUUGUUAGCCUUUAUCGUUCGACAAAACUUUUGACCUUUACCACAGUCUUUGAGUGCUUGUUAGGGAUCAAUGUUGAGCCACAAAUGUUAGGCACUUUUGAGAGAGUUGUAGAAGGUGCUUUUGCUCCACCAAUAAACUUCCCUGGCUCUAAAUUCUCAAGAGAAAAGAAAGCAAGGGUAAAAAUAUCAAAGAUGUUGGAGAAAAUAGUGGCUGAAAAGAGAAAAGCAACGGAAAGCAGUUUGGAAGGAGAAGAGAAAAGAGAUAUGCUACUAUCGCGAAUGGUGGCUGCAAUGGUUCGAGGGGAUCUUACAGAGGAAGAGGUCAUUGACAAUGUAAUUUUGCUAGUCUUUGCAGCUCAUGACACAACUUCGUUCGCCAUUGCCAUGAGAUUCAAAAUGUUGGCUCAGCAUCCACACUGCUACUCUACAAUCCUUCAAGAACAUGUUGAUGUAAAAAACGCAAAAGAGCCAAGUGAGAAGCUGGCGUUAGGAGACGUGAAGAAAAUGGAGUAUACCUGGCAAGCUGCUCGAGAAAGCAUACGGCUGUUCCCUCCCAUCUUCGGCUCUUUCAGGAAAGCUGUUGCCGACAUUGAAUAUGAAGGAUUCACAAUUCCCAAAGGAUGGAAGGUGCUAUGGACAGCGUAUGGAACACAUUAUAAUGAAGAGUAUUUCCAAGAUCCUCUACGUUUCGAUCCGAGCAGAUUCGAGGAAUUCAUCCCGCCUUACAUUUUUCUUCCCUUCGGAGGAGGGCCGAGAACCUGUGCUGGGUAUCAGCUUGCCAAGUUGAAUAUCCUCAUCUUCGUGCAUUACGUUGUUACUCGUUACAACUGGUCAUUGAUCCAUCCCAAUGAAUCAAUCACCAUGGAUCCCCUCCCAGUUCCAUCUAAGGGAAUGCCUAUCAAGAUUUCUCCUAAGCUAUCAUAAAGCCAAAUGAUUUUUUUUUUUCUUUUUAAAUCCUAUUCUUUGUUAACAUUCUCUUCUCACUGGUUAUACCCCGGCCUUCCUAUCAUAUAGGCUGUAUCUUUUUAUCACUCUUUGAUCUGUCUCAAUCGCAAUUUUUCUGGAAGGGUAAGAAAUAAAUAUGAAUACAUGUAUAGAGGCUGCGUCCUUCCAAGGUUCAACUGGUUAACCAUUCAAGAAAUCAUUUAUGUUUCUAAACUACUACUUGACGCAAUCGAUGUGAAUAAAUUAAACCGUCAAAUGAAGGAUGUGAGCUACCAUCCAUAAGAUUACCAUAUUGAAAUGUACUUUGCUCGGCAUCGGCCCCAAUUCUUCUUUUUUAUUUCCAACUGGCUGUAGUUACAUGACCGUACCAGAAAACUUGUAAUUUCAAUACCGGAUUUUGGUUUGGUGGGCAGUUCUAGUAUAAUGUAGAUGGAUUUUAUUUAUGAAAAUUAAUUGAACAUUCGUAACCUAUCCUGAA